GACAAUUUGAUUCACUAUCAUUUUUGUCAACAAUAUGAUAAGAAAAUAUCAAUGAAAAUUUUACAGGUCCAUGAAUACGAAACACUAAGAUAGAUCCCGGUUUGAAAUGAACAUAAAGGUUUGAUACAACAUAAGGCUUGAAUUAAAAGAAAUAUGUCGAUAACAUAUAUACCGCGAGUGACACAAUUGGAUUCUAUUCAAUUAGAUAAUGAACUAGAAGAGUUAUUUAAGCAAUUGCUUUUUCAGGCUACAAAGUAUUUUGAGCCUGGAAUAUUGCAACCAAUUCUACCUGAAGUUGAGCUCCUCAUUCGAACAUGGAUAUUCAAAAAUUCAGUAUAUGAUAAAAACUGCACUUUUGGUCAACAGAUGUUGUCCCUUAAAUAUAAAACAGAAAAUAUUUCUAAAAGUAAAUUGUAUUGGUAUUUUUUAUAUUGCAUAGCCUUAAAGUAUUUUAGAGAAAGGGCUAUGUAUAGCUUCACUUCAAAUACAAAGAUACAAAAUUUCCUUUCAAAAAUGGAAACAUUCCAGUUAGUUGGAGAUAUAUUGAAUUUCCUACAGUUUGUAAAUAGUGGCAAGCACCCAACUCUUAUUGACUUCAUACUUGGUCUUCAAUUAACAGCAGAUAAACUAACAAGAGAAGAUUUAACAGAUUUCUCGUGGACUCGUGAACUUUUGUGGCAUAAUCUUAUAGAGUUAAUAGGUACAGUUCUUUCUUUGGUAAACAUGUUUGGGUUAAGGCAAAGAAUGACAAAAGCAUUGAAAUAUAUGUGGUGGAGAAAUCAUACCAAUUCCAAAGGAGGUCCAAUUGCUACAUCCAGCACUGCAACUAUGACUAUACAUACAACAUGUGCAUGUUGUUCAGAAAAACCAAUUCUUCCGCAUGUUAUGGGAUGUUCACAUAUAUUUUGUUACUACUGUUUAAUGGCUAACAAGACUGCCGAUCCAGACUUCGCUUGCCCAAAGUGCUACUACAAUGGGAAGGAGGUUACGAAGUAUACCGUGUAAAAGGAAGAACUGUUUUAUAUAAAAUGGAAGAAGGGUACAUUGUGAUAUUAAA